AUGGUAUUAGAAAGUAUCUUUGUACCGUCACUAUAUGUGAUUAAAGGAAUUAUUAUUUUAGAUAAUGAUGGUAAUCGUAUGUUAGCUAAAUAUUAUAAUCAAUUAUUUUCUACAGUAAAAGAACAAAAAGAAUUUGAAAAAUCAUUAUUUACUAAAACACAUAAAGGUUCAGGAGAUGUUAUUCUUCUUGAUAAUUUAACAAUUGUCUAUCGAAAUAAUGUUGAUUUACUUUUUUAUGUUGUGGGUAGUACAAAUGAAAAUGAAUUAAUGUUAAAUACUGUAUUAACAUGUUUAUUUGAAUCAUUAAGUACAAUGUUAAGAAAAAAUGUUGAAAAAAAAUUUCUUUAUGAAAAUCUUGAUCUAGUUAUGCUUACACUUGAUGAAAUGUGUGAUGAUGGAAUUAUUCUCGAAUCAGAUCCAAUAUUAAUUACUCAACGUGUUCAGCUACGUCAAGAUGAUAUUCCAUUAGGCGAACAAACUGUUUCACAAGUACUCAAUCAUGCUAAAGAGCAAAUCAAAUGGUCAUUGCUUAAAUGA